CCAAGUGACCUUCACCAGCUUUGAGUGCUCGAGUCACCUUUGCAGAAUUUACUCUCAUCAUGUUUUCGUUAACAUUGAGACGUAUUUCUGUAAAAACAUUUGUUGGAUCGAGUGUCUCUGCAAUCAAUGGCUGCAAAUACUCCACGGUGCCAGAAGCCACCCUAGAUAUUCAGCCCUGUCUCCUUCACAAAUUAGAACAUGGUCCCCCAAACCAAGCCACUAUAACCAGGGAGGAUGCUGUUAAGUUUUAUAAGGACAUGGUGACGGUACGGCGAAUGGAGACAAUGGCCGGAAGUCUGUACAAAUCCAAACACAUCCGUGGUUUCUGUCAUCUGUAUUCCGGACAAGAAGCGGUGUGUGUAGGUAUGGAGUCUAGUAUAACUAAGGAGGACGCUGUGAUCACAGCCUACAGAGCCCAUGGCUGGACAUUUAUGAGGGGUGUACCAGUACAUGGAAUUCUGGGGGAGUUAACAGGUCGUGCCUCUGGUUGUGCCAAGGGUAAGGGAGGCUCCAUGCACAUGUACACCAAGAACUUUUAUGGAGGAAAUGGUAUAGUUGGAGCACAGGUACCCCUAGGAGCUGGAAUUGCCUUUGCCUUGAAGUAUAACAAUCAGCCAAACAUCUGUGUGACCUUGUAUGGAGAUGGAGCAGCCAAUCAGGGACAGCUGUUUGAGGCGUUCAACAUGGCUAAGUUGUGGGACCUCCCCUGUGUGUUUGUCUGUGAGAACAAUGGUUAUGGUAUGGGAACAAGUGUAGAGAGGGCAUCAGCCAGCACAGAUUACUACACCAGGGGAGACUAUGUUCCAGGAAUGAGAGUGGAUGGUAUGGAUGUAUUAGCAGUGAGGGAAGCAACAAAGUUUGCAAGGGACUAUGCACUUCAUAAUGGACCUAUUCUAAUAGAGGCAGCAACCUACCGUUACCAUGGGCACAGUAUGAGUGACCCAGGAACUAGUUAUCGACCUCGUGAGGAGAUUAAAGAAAUUCGUGAAACUAGGGACCCUAUAACUGUAUUCAAGCGUAAAAUAACAGACAACAACCUUGUUACUCCAGAGGAAUUAAAGAAAAUUGAUCAGGAAAUAAAGAAAGAAAUUGACAAGGCAGCAGAACAGGCCAAAAAUGACCCAGAGAUUCCCUUAGAAGAGCUGUACAAUAAUGUUUACAUUAAACCUGAACCUGACUUCAUGGUCCGAGGAUGUGACCCCAGUAUAAGGGUUGUGUCACGAUGAUUAAUCUUCACCGAAGGACAGCAUUUCAAGAGUCAAGAAAAGUGUGAAAAUAUUUGGCAUAGAAGAAAAAGCUUUUAUCGUAUCUCAGUCGUGAUAAAAUGGAUGUGAUUUUAUUUAAGGGGACUGAAAAUACUCAGCUUUGGAAGUCCUCGUGGUAGAAGAAUCUCCAUCAAGUAUUAUGGAUGUAUUUGUUAAUGUUACAAAAAUCAUAUGCUUCAUAAAUAUUUGGUGACUAACUUAGGAAAAAGGAGAAUUUUUAAAUUGCCAAUUGUUAUUCUGUAGUUAAUGGUAUUCCAGAGUAAAUGAUAUCUAGAAGUUCCUUCCAGUUUUAUUUUGUUACAUUCAUUAAAUUGUUAUGACUAGCUGUGA